UACGGUUGGACGAUUCACGAGGAAUCUAAAAUCAAGUUAUAAGGAAACAUUAGUUUAGAUAUAAAGUUGAAUCCUAUGUCGUCGACUCAAAAUCGUAUAAAAUCGCUUGUCCUAAUUCUUGUCAGUAUAGUUCAUCAACAGUUCUUACAAAGACAACUUGUCUAGUACUCAACCAGUCGUUAAACCAUGAAGGCCUUCAUCGCUCUGUUCGUUGCCACUUUGGCCGUUGCUGCCCAAGCUGGAUAUGUCUCGUCGGCGUGGCCUGCAGUGUCCACCUACGGUGUUGACUCGUGGAACGGCUGGAACGGUCUCAACUCCUGGAACAGCCUCAACUCCUGGAAUGGCCUGAACUCCUGGAGCGGUCUGAACAGCUACCCGUACGGAGUCAACCAGUGGUCCUCGGCGGCGGCUUGGCCAGCGACCUACUCCAACGGCUACACCAACAACUGGUACGGACUCGGUGGAAAGACCAUCGUCCAGGCUAAUGUUGCCAAGGUCAACCCGUGGGGACUUCCGCUGGCGUCGUCGUACGGCUACGAAUACAACAACUACCUGGGAGCAGCAAUUCCGGCAGCCAAGUAUGUCGCGGCCAACCCCGGAUCGGUCCAUGUGGCCCCGCUGGUCGGACAUGCCAUCAACCAGAAGUUGAUUGUUGCCUGAAAUUUUGAUAGAAUUUCCCGAAAUUGACUGUGAUCUGUUGUUUACGCAAUAAACUGCUCAAACUACUAAACGCACCAC